AUGAUGAAGAUAGUAGGCUGGAAUCCAGGUCAUUUUUCAGGGCGUCGCAAGACCCUCAAACGCAACAACAAUAAGAAAAGUUCGAUUGGAUUAAUGACUAUUGUUUCCAGUGGUUUCAUGGUACUGGGAGUCUUGUAUGGGUUGUUUCUUCUCUCUCUUCCCUCUUCUAUGGGCAGAUGGAACGGCCAUCUCGCAAUUUCAGCUGCUGAAGCCGAAACGAACAAGAUAUUUGCCACUCCUUCAGACACCUGUCAAUACCGGAAAUAUCCACCACGACGAUACUACGACUUAUUAUUGGAGGAAAGCAGUUUGCCAUCCUUCUUGGAAGUCGAAUAUAUCUAUGGUGAACUUCCUCAAUUAUUGAUUGAUCAUGGUCAUCAUUCGAAGAAUGCCAACAAGAAGCUCUGUGUCAAUCAAUCGGAAUGGCAAAACAAUUCAGCCAACGAUGACAGAUUGCCCUUUGCCGAUGGCACCAAUCCCUCCUUGCUCAAAAUUAAAAAAGACUUGGCAAUAUCAGCACUAUUGCCUAAGGAGGCCUACUAUUUGGCCACCAUUUGCAUGACCAAUUCGCAGUGUGCCUGGAAGGAUACCCGGGAAGAACAGCUCGCCUACAAGAUUUCCACCCAAAAAGAUCCAUCGACGGUCCGAACCGUCUUGUUGGUCUUGAAUGAAAACUUUGAAACUCUGGCGGAAGCUACCAUUACCACCAUUAUGGAUGCACCGACUUUUGGAAAACAACGGAUCCAACAACCAAAUGCGAAGCAACAAGAAAUCUAUUCCUUGGACGAUGCUAGACUCUUUUACCACAAGGACGAGAUUUGGGUAUCCUAUCGAGAGGGCAGAAUAUUUGGUUACGACAAGCAAGUUCUCAACAAGGUGCAUAUUACAUCGUCGUCGUCGUCGUCAUCGUCAUCGUCAAAUGUACUGCAAGUCACGCUCCAAGCAUCCGAAGUAGAAACCUUGUGCUGUGGUCGCAACAUGGCGCUGAUGGAAAAUGUUCGCACACAAGAAUUGCAAGCCUUGACGUGGGUGGAUCCAGUUACCGUUGAGAAUGUUCCACUCAAACUAGAACAACAAUACCAUCGUCGUCUCACCGCUGUCAAGAACAACAAGAACAACAACAAAAACCAAAAAAAGAGUCACUUUCAUGGAACCAAUGGAUUCAUGGUGCAUUUGCCACACACAAACGAAUUCUUGGGCAUUGGUCACUUUCACCGUCCACCCUCUAGAGACUUUGACAAUGAGUAUGCUCGGUUUGGUCAUCAUUACACCCAUGCCUUUUUUACUAUCUCGGAUGAGGCACCUUUUCGAUUGACGCGAUUGUCUCCCGAGUUGCUCCUUCCCAGUGCGGCCAAUCCAAAAGAUGCCGAGAUUAUUCAAUUCUGGAGUGGAUUGGAACUGGUCGAUGAUAAGACAUUGACAUUGGCCUAUGGAAUCAAUGACUGUGAGGGAGCUGCAAGGUAUCUAUCCAUGUCGACGGUCAAUGAUCUUUUGAGGCCCGUACCGCAAGGAAUGGAAGUUGUGGAUUUGAUGAAGCCGAUGAAGUUGAUGAUUUCUCAGCACUGA